AUGGAGAAAUGGGAUCGCACCACUCAAUUACUAUUUGCAGCUGCUAUUGGUGUAAGCCGAACAGUCGGUGGUCUUCCCCUCGAACAUCCCUUCGAUACAAUUCGCACACGAUGGCAAGCAAAUCCAGCCAAUUAUCCGAAUGCUGUGAGAGUAGUUCAUGAGAUUUAUACAUCGAAAGGUUUUCUUGGUUUUUAUUCUGGUGCCAUUCCAAAUACAACUCGACGUGCUAUUAAACAAACAUAUCGUUGGCCCAUGAUGUUGUUCUUUCCUAAUUUCUAUCGAGAUCAUAUUUUAAGUGAUCGCAUCCUUCAAAAUUAUCCUCAUUUACCUAAAAUUCUCACUGGUCUUUCUAUAGCUAAUUUUGAAAUUCUUGUUAUUAAUCCUUUCGAACGACUUAAAGUUUGGCUUAUGACUAGUCCUCAACGUAUUAGUGUAUUUGAAUUCUUUCAAACACAUAUAAAUUCUCGUGGCAUUAUCCAAGAAUUGUACCAAGGCAUGUCAGCUGUCUUCUAUCGUCAAAAUGUUUCGUGGAUAACAUUUUUAUAUACCGAUGGAUUGACGAAAACAAAAUUUCGUGAAUAUAAACAAACUCAAAAUUUGACUUAUAUUGAUCUAUUUAUGGCAGAAAAUUUUCAAAAAAUGAAACAAGCUAAUCCAUAUUUAUCUACACCACAAUUAAUGAGACAUCUUAGUACUGAAUAUAACAAGAGAAAUCAACAACAACUUCUUGAUUUACCUAAUUUAGAUCAAUUAAAAAUUUAA